AAUAGCUAAAUGAAUAUGGAGGCCGUUCUACAUCCUGAGGGGUUUGUGCUGAUUGUACGGAUAUUGUGACAGCCGGUUAAAUGGCGGAGGAGGAAUGGAGGGAAAAGAGAGGCAGAGGAGGUCUAAGAGAGAGCGGGAGAAAGAGGGACUUGCUGAGAAGAACCCACAUCCUUCACCAUGUUCCUCACCAUGGCCCUGCUGAGGAAAGGCAUCUCUGGCAAGCAGUGGAUCGGGAAGUACCGCCGGCCGCGUGCCAUCACCUGGCAGAUGAAACGCAACAUGCUGGUGCACCUGGAGUGCGAGGCGGAGAACGAGUACUGGAUCUCCCGACCGUACAUGACCACAGAGCAGGAGAGAGGACAUGCCGCUGAGCGCCGAGCACAGAACUGGAUCAAAAUUAAGGAGACCAAGUUUCAAAAGUUUCCAGAACAUAAGUAUGUUGCAGAUCAUCUAAGUCACCUCAACACGACCAACACAUGGUCAAGUUAAUGAGGAGGAAGUAUUGACUUUGUGUGGGGGGAUGGAGAUGGGGCAUGCAUGUUGACUGCCAUUUGACUCCUGUGUGUCUUAAUGUAUGUAAUGUAUAUGAACUAUGGAGUGUUGGUAAUUAUAUCUUUAUAAAGCAAGCUCAUAUUUGAAAACAA